CCUAUGAUCAACACGUUUUACUUGUGUAAUUUAUUUUUCUAAAUUAUAAAUUGCCUCAAAUGUAUUAAUUAUGGCUGAUGAGAGUGCUUUUGACAAGAAGAAAGCGCACCGCGCAAAACAUGCUGGCCGUAAAGCGGAAAAAAAGAAAAAGAAAAAUGCUGUCGACCAAUCUAACCUAAGCGCCAGGCAGCGGAAUCCUAAAGCUUUCGCUAUACAGUCCGCUGUGCGGGCCGAGAGGAAAUUUAGACGACGAGAGGAUGUUAUAUCUAAGAAGCAGCACAUCCCGCAGGUGGACAAAACGCCCCUGGAGCCGCCGCCGAUAGUUGUAGCUGUCGUGGGUCCACCCCGCGUUGGAAAAACAACACUCAUCAAUAAUCUGAUUAAAAGUUUCAUUAAAACUAAUGUGACGAGUACUAACGGCCCCAUAACCAUAGUGACAUCGAAGAAGCGACGUCUGACUCUUAUUGAAUGCAAUAAUGACAUUAACUCCAUGAUUGAUCUAGCAAAAUGCGCCGAUCUAGUCCUCUUGUUGUGCGACGCUAGCUUCGGCUUUGAAAUGGAGAUAUUCGAGUUCCUCAACAUCUGUCAGGUGCAUGGUAUGCCGAAGAUCAUGGGCGUGCUGACCCAUCUCGAUAUGAUAAAGAAUGCUAAAACAUUGAAAACUACCAAGAAGACACUGAAACACCGUUUCUGGACCGAAGUGUAUCCUGGCGCGAAGUUAUUUUAUUUAUCAGGCAUAGUGCAUGAGGAGUAUUUGAGAAAUGAAAUUAAAAAUUUAGCUCGGUUUAUAUCAGUUAUGAAGUUUAGACCUCUUAGUUGGAGAACCACUCAUUCGUACGUGCUGGCAGACAGGCUGGAGGAUAUAACAAGUCAGGAGACCAUCCGGAAGGACCCAAAAGUUAGCAGAGAUGUUGUGCUGUAUGGUUACAUCAGGGGAGUGCCUUUGAUGAAGGAGUCUGUGGUUCACAUAGCAGGUGUGGGAGACAUGAAGAUUAGUGAACUGUCAUACCUACCAGAUCCAUGUCCUCUUCCAAGCAGUGAAAAGAAGCGACACCUAAUGGAACGAGAACGGCAAAUAUAUGCUCCAUUCUCUGGUGUGGGUGGUAUUGUUUAUGAUAAGGAUGCAGUAUAUAUUGAACUGCAGGGUUCCCAUUCCCACAAACGGGAAGAUGAGGAGACCACUGAAAAGAAGGCUCUAAUAAAAAAUGUUGUAGACACUAAAGAAACUGUUGAUGAGCAGAUGCAGGAGAGUGGUUUCAAAUUGUUUAGUGGAGGAGCUAUUAUAUAUCCAGAAAUGGUGAAAGAUGAUGAAUAUUUGCAACACAAUAAAGUUCUGACUAAAGUAAAUAAUGAUGACAGUUCAGAUGAAUCAAAUUCUGAAGAAGAAAGUGAAUCUGAUAAUGAUAGUGGUAUUGAUCAAAGUGAGAAAGAUGUUUCUGACAAAAAAAAACUACCAUGGGAAAUUAAUUCUGGUUCAGAACAAGAAGAUGCAGAUGAAACUGAAUCUAUUGGUGACAAUGUUAAUGCACUAAAUGAAAACAAUGGAACUGAGGAAGUUUUUGAUACAAAAUGGAAAGAGAAGUUAAGUGAAAAAGCUACUGAUGCAUACUAUCAAAGACAAAGAACAUCAAAAAAUAUAAUGAAACUUGUCUAUGGAGAAUAUGACAUUGGUAAUAAAUCAAAAGAUAAAUCAGAUGAACCUGAUGAAAGUAGUGAUAGUGAUGGAGAAGAAAUUGGUGGGUUGUUCAAAAAAGUGACAGAAACACAGAAGAAAAAACAGAAAGAGAAAGAAAAUUUAGAUUUAGAUGAAUGCUCCUUUUAUUAUAACUUACACAAACCAAAUUUAAGAGACUGGUCAAGUGAAACAAAUAGACAAUAUUUAAUUAAUUGUUUUGUCACUGGGAAAAGAUCUGCUGAUCAAGAUGCAUCAGAGUUACUGAAGUUAGAUGAUGCUAGUGAUGGUGACGAUGAAGAGCUUUAUGGAGAUUUCGAAGAUUUAGAAACAGGGGAGAAGCAUACUACUGAUGAAUUGACAGAUCAGGUAGGAACUGCUCCUAAAAGAAAAGCAGAGCCCACAAAGUCAGAAAUUCUUGACAAAAAGAUGAAACUAAAAGCAAAGUUUGAUGCUGAAUAUGAUAAUCCAGAUGACCACAGAAUCAAAGGUGACCAUUCCUACUAUGAGAGCUUGAAGGCAAAAGCAUUACAGCAGUCGGAACUUAAUAAAUCAGUGUUUGAAAAUUUGGAGGAUGGUCUUAGGGUUGAAGUUGAAGGUUUUCGACCUGGAAUGUAUGUUAGAAUGUUAUUUAAAAAUAUCUCAUCAGAAUUUGUUUCAAACUUUGAUUCAAGUUAUCCUAUACUCAUUGGAGCAUUGAAUAUGACUGAACAAAAUAUAGGGUUUGUGUCCUGCAAGGUCAAGAAACAUAGGUGGUAUAAAAAGAUAUUAAAAACAAAUGACCCGCUGAUUAUUUCUUUAGGUUGGAGAAGAUUUCAAACUCUACCAAUUUACUCAAAGAUAGAGGAUGACUUGAAGUGUCGAUAUUUGAAAUAUACACCUGAACAUGUUACAUGUAAUAUGCAUUUUUAUGGCCCCGCCACACCACAACACACUGGUUUCCUUGCUUUGCAAACUGUAAUUAAUAAUUCUAAUGAAAUAAAGCAACUAGGUUUCAGAAUUGCAGCUACGGGUAGUGUCAAUGAAAUAAAUAAAUCAACUCAAAUAGUUAAGAAAUUGAAAUUAGUUGGAACACCUUUGAAAAUUUAUAAAAAAACAGCCUUUAUCAAAGAUAUGUUCACAAGUACUCUAGAAGUAGCUAAAUUUGAAGGUGCAAAAAUAAAAACAGUAUCAGGUAUCCGAGGUCAAAUUAAAAAGGCUUUAAACAAACCAGAAGGUGCAUACAGAGCUACUUUUGAGGAUAAAAUACUUAUGAGUGAUAUUAUUUUCUGUCGGACAUGGUUUAAAGUAAAUGUCACUAAGUUUUAUGCACCUGUUGUUAAUUUAUUGUUACCUAUAGGUGAAAAGAAUGCAUGGCAGGGAAUGAAAACUAAAGGGCAAUUGAAGAGAGAACGAAAUAUUCAGUAUAAAGCCAAUGUUGAUUCUAUGUAUACAGAGGUGAUUAGACCAAAUAAGGUGUUCAAACCUCUAACUAUUCCAAAAAAUUUGCAGAAAGGUUUGCCAUAUAGAUUUAAACCUAAAGUGAACACAACUACACUAUCAGGUGAUGAUCCUAAGAACAAAUCUAAGGAAAGAGUAGCAGUAGUAAAGAGUCCAUAUGAGCAGAAGGUUUCUAAUGUGAUGAAGAUGUUAAAAACUAAUUACGAAAAAAAGGUAACUGUGCAGAAAGAAGCGACAGCUGAGCGAUUGAAAGCGCACAAACAGCAACAAGAUGAACAAGAAUGGCGGCGGAUUAAGAGGCAGAAGGAGUUAAAGAAGAAGAUUUGUAGACAUUUAAGUAAAAUGGGCAGUAAAAAGACUCAGACUCAAAUGUGAUCAAUUUUUCAGCUAGACAUAGGUACCUAGUAUUUAAUUUUAAGUCUGUGUAAUGUGAUUAAUAUAAUAAGAAAAACUAUAAUCUGACU